AUGCGGCUCUCCCGGAGGUUUUUCGGCCCUUUUGUUGGUGCUAUUGCUAAACGAUUAGAACAUUAUUCGCAAUUCCAGCCUUCACCGCUGACGAUUCAACAAUAUCUCGAUUUUGGGCGAACUGGCACUGCCACAACGUCUUACAUGUUUCUCAAAAAUGAACUUCUGGUUCGACUUUCGAACAUUAUGCAGGAAAUCAGUCUGCUUCCCCCAACGCUCUUAGAAAUGCCAUCAUCAAAAAUGGUUGCAGGAUGGUAUCAAGACAGUUUUGAAGAGCUGCUUGAAUUUGAGAAUAAGGACCCUACGACAGAUACUGUGAACAAAUUUAACGAUCAUCUACAGUCAAUUUUGAAAAGGCAUUCACAUGUGGUGGAAACAAUGGCGGAAGGAUUGAUUGAGCUGCGAGAUAGAAAUGGAGUUGAUAUUGCUUCCGAGAAGGGGAUCCAAUACUUUCUCGACAGAUUUUAUAUCAACCGAAUAUCAAUCAGAAUGCUACAAAAUCAACACCUGGUAGUCUUCGGAAAUGUGUUGCCUGAAAGCCCUCGUCAUGUAGGAUGCAUCGAUCCAGGGUGUGACGUCGAAAGUGUUGUUUAUGAUGCAUUUGAGAACGCUAGAUUCCUUUGUGAUCGAUAUUACCUCGUUUCUCCAUCAAUGCAACUGGAAAUGUAUAAUGCUGUCGAAAAGGAGAAACCUAUCUCGAUAGUUGCCGUGCCGAGUCAUCUGUAUCAUAUCAUGUUUGAGUUAUUCAAGAAUGCUAUGCGCGCAACGAUUGAGCAUCAUGGAGUCGACGAUGAUCUUCCAAAUAUUCGUAUCCGUGUUGUGCGUGGUCCAGAAGAUUUGAGUAUUAAGAUAAGUGAUCGUGGUGGCGGUGUUUCAAGAACUAUCCUGGAUCGCCUUUUUAAUUACAUGUACAGCACAGCCCCGCCACCGGCUCGUGAUGGUACUCAAGCGCCUUUGGCUGGUUAUGGUUAUGGACUUCCACUUUCACGCCUAUAUGCUCGUUAUUUUCUUGGUGAUUUGUUUCUAGUCUCAAUGGAAGGUUACGGAACAGAUGCUUGCAUUUACAUGAAGGCAGUGCCGGUAGAAGCCAACGAGUUGUUGCCUAUUUACAGCACGUCCUCUCGUCGAAAUCUGACUAUGGCAGCACAGGUUCCUGAUUGGAGUCACACGGUUCCCGGACAAGGAAAUCGACCAAUUAGCCAU